GAUAAGUUUUGGUUUAUUUGUCAUAAAUGCGUGCACACACACAGUGUAUGUAUACAUACAUACACAUGUAACUACGUAUAUAUGUACAUAUUUAGAUAAUACUGAACUGGUUACAAAAUUAUUGGAGAUUAUUAACAGGACAUUACUGUGCAUAUACUUAUCAACCUAAGAAACACAUAAAGGGACACGACUCGCAAUCACACCAUCUAAUACAUUAAUUUUGCCAACAAUGUCCUUUAAUUUCACCCUCUAUGAAGACAAAUUCCAUAAAUGCUAUCAAUUUGGUGGAGGAACUUGCCAAACAUUUACAAUCGGUACGGGAGGACAGUGCGUAAACUACGAUUUUUAUGGCGACAAGGUUUCUUCAAUUAAUACGCUAGGUAAUUGUAUAAUUAUUUGGGAACAUCGUAAUUGUGCGGGUGAUUCAGCGGAAAUUGAACCCGGAACUCCCCAUCAUGAAGAUCUUAGCUCUCUUAAAAUGAGUGAUGGAAGGAGUUGGGAUGAUCAAAUGUCUUCGAUUAGUGCUUGUCCGAAACAAUGUGAUUCCAGUACUUUUGUGUGUAGCAAUAAAAGGUGUAUCACCAUUCAAUGGGUAUGUGACGGGGAAAAUGAUUGCUCGGAUGGUGAAGACGAAUUAAACUGUUCCUCAGGGACAAUGACUACAUCAACCAUUGAUACUCCAGCUACGACAGACAUCUAUGUAAUUCCACUUCUUCCUUUUGAACCGAGUGACGAGGACGUGACAAUAUCGCCUGCACCACCCGAAAUACCCACAACAACACCCGUUACAAACUGUUCAAUAAAUGAGACAUACUGUGAACUAGAAGCGAAAUGUAUUCCAGUCAGUAAUAGCUCUUCAAAUUGUGUCGGGACAGAAAUGAAAAUAAAUGAUCGAAAUUAUGACCUGGUUGCAUUAUACCUUACCACGGGGGCCAUCCUCGUCACUGUCAUCAUUGCUUUCACCGCUCUCGGAAUCUGUAUUGCAGUCUACAUUAGACAAAAAAAGAGCAAGAACAAGGCGUCAAUUACGUCAUCAUCGGAUAUCACGUCCCUACAUCCAAUCUCUCACGAAUUGCAACCCCUCCUCCACCCCUCGCACUCAAUUAUUCCUUUACUAUCUCCUUGGAGAACUCACCCUUCCUUAAUUUGUCUUUCCCUCCUGGGCGAAGGAUUUUUCGGAAAAGUAUACCAAGUCGAAGAUCAAAGCGCAAUUGUUCCCACGACCGAGUACGCUAUCAAAUGUGUCGACAUGCUAAAAACUCUGGGGGGCUGCAGUGGUCCUUCUUCAUUCUCAAGUACUACAACUACGUCCCUAUCCGCUGAAAGCAGUGGUAUAAUUGACCUGCAAAACUAUAUGACCAUUCUUCUCAACGAGAUACAAAUCAUGGAUCAACUAACGUGUGACCAUGUCGUUCGCUACUAUGGUUGUUGGGCAGAAGCGGAAGACUGCAGUCAGAUGCUCUUAUCAAAGUCUCGAUUAGAAAUAUAUAUCCACCAACUUAUCGAGCAUUGCAAUGAUGCCAUGUCAUCUAGUCAAAAUUCGCCCCUGAGUCACAUCUUCAUCAGAAUGGAACUGUGUCACACUACUUUGAAACGUUAUUUGCAAGUGCACUCUGAAGAAGUAGGAGAUGAGAUCAGUAUUAUUCAACAAAUUGCGACUGGGCUUCACUACGUCCACACGAAAGGUUACAUUCAUCGCGAUAUUAAACCAGGAAAUAUAUUUUGCAAGGUAGAAUCGUCUGGGAAUUUAACCUGGAAAAUUGGCGACUUUGGGUUAGCAGUGAUGAGCAGAGAGGACGGAAAUGUUGGGGUGGCUGGGACUUAUCUUUAUCAAAGUCCUGAAAUCAGGAAUCAAUUAAAGUAUACGGUUAAGACGGAUUUGUAUAGCUUGGGGUUGGUCGAGGUCGAAAUCUUACACAGAGAAAGAACCAAUUUCGACAGAUUUGCAGUUUUCUCACAUUUGAGAAACUUAAGUGGGAUUGAGAGACGUAAUUAUUUGAAUAAUUGUUGUAUAGGAAAGUUUAAAAAAGUGAUAAAUAUUGUUAACCAGUUGCUAAAAACAAACCCAGAUAGUCGUGUUUGUUCUGAGAAGUUGUGCAAAUUAUUACAAUAAAUAUUAUACAUAAUAAUUCUUUUAAAAAAUUUAAUCGUAAAACGUGCAAAUUUAUCAACAAUGUGUAUUACUCCUUUUCCUUAAAAAAUAAUCUAUAUUUGCAUACGUACAUAUGUAUUAUGUAGCCUUUUA